AUGGUUGUCAAGUUUCUCGACAAGAAAGCCAUCCAGGAGGUGGAUUUGGGCACUCCGGGAUUUUACUCCCAUCUGUUCUUCACCCAGAAGAAGAAUGACGAGUGGCGACCAAUUCUAAAUCUGAAGCCGCUGAAUUAUUUCGUCGUUAUUCCAUCUAUGAAGAUGGAGACGGUUCAGUCUGUUCGCGCUUUGCUUCAGGUGGGGGAAUGGGCGGCGUCCAUCAAUUUGAAGGACGCUUACCUGCAUGUUCCAAUCCAUCGGGAUUUUUGGAAGUACUUGCGGUUCCUCUACGACGGCAGAACUUACGAGUUUCAAGUUCUGCCGUUCGGAUUGGCCACAAGCCCUCACGUCUUUACUCGGGUAGUAAAGGCAGUGGUGGGGCGUGUACAUCUGUUGGAUGCACAAUUACCUGGACGAUUGGUUAAUUCCGGCGGCGUCACAGACGGCAUGUCUCGUGGGCGUGGAGUUCGUGAUCGACAUGAUUCUCCGAUUGGGGUUUAUUAA